AACUGCACGUGGGGACUGAUAAGCUGCCUUUGAUUAGGGAGAGAUUAGUUCAAGCACUUCGAGCUAGAAAAUCUCCAGUGCUCAGUAUUGUUGCACAAGCGUAACGAACGGACGCAGAAAAGUUAAAUAUGGCUGGGGAGACAGUAAUUUUGGCCUACUCGGGUGGCCUUGACACUAGUUGCAUUCUCAAAUGGUUGUUGGACAAGCAGUACGAAGUCAUCUGCGUCCUCGCCGAUGUUGGUCAGAAGGAAGAUUUUUCCGCUGCCGAGAAGAAAGCCCUCAAAAUCGGUGCUAAAAAGGUGAUCGUGGCCGAUGUAAAGCAGUCCUUCGUUGAGGACUACAUCUGGCCGGCAAUUCAAAUGGGCCUCGUCUACGAGGAGCGCUAUCUGCUGGGCACUUCUCUGGCCCGGCCCUGCAUCAGUGUGGCUCUAAUGGAGGCGGCACGCCAGUGUGGAGCCAAGUACCUAGCCCAUGGCGCCACCGGAAAGGGAAACGACCAGGUGCGCUUCGAGCUGAGCGCCUACGCCCUCAAACCGGAUCUUAAGAUCAUCGCUCCCUGGCGCGAUGUGGAGUUCUGCCGCCAGUUUCAGGGUCGUCAAGAUCUGAUUGCCUACGCCCAGCGACACGACAUAGAGGUGAGUGCCAAGCCGGCCACUCCUUGGAGCACCGAUGCCAACAUCCUACACAUAAGCUACGAGUCCGGAAUCCUAGAGGAUCCCAACACAGUGGCUCCGGAUAGUCUCUACGAAAUGACUGUCGAUCCUUUGACCAAGGCGCCUCAGGAUCCUGUUCGCUUGGUCAUCCAUUUUGAGCGAGGACUGCCCACCAGUGUGGAGGAUUUUGCCAGCAGCCGUGUUUAUACCAAACCAUUGGAGAUGCUGGAAUUUCUCAACCAGCUGGGCGGCUCCUACGGCAUCGGGCGAAUCGACAUUGUCGAGAAUCGCUAUGUGGGACUCAAAUCCCGUGGGGUGUACGAGACGCCGGGUGGCACCAUCCUGUACGCUGCUCACCAGGACCUCGAGGUUUUCGCCUUGGACCGCGAAGUGCUCCGCACUAAGCAAGUGCUGCGCAAUCGCAUGGCCGACUAUGUGUACAACGGAUUCUGGUUCAGUCCCGAGGCGGUUUAUGCCCGUCGAUGCAUCGAGUUGGCCGAGCAGCGGGUCUCCGGAAAGGUGACAAUGGAAUUGGCCCCCGGAUAUUGCCGCGCCAUCGCCCGAAAGUCAGCGGAGGAAGUCGGGGCCCUUUACAACGAGCAGCUCGUGUCCAUGGACGUCCAUGGGGGCUAUGUGCCGCAGGAUGCGGGUGGUUUUAUCGCCAUCAAUGCUGUCCGGAUAAGGGAACAUGUCCGGGCAUUCGGUCCCUACGAAGUGCCAAAUCCCGACAAAUAACUAUGUUUGUUUUCACAAAUUAAUGAAUUUGUACAUUUUGGCAAACAGAUUUUAAAUUAUAACUUUACAAAGUUUUUUUAUUAAUGCGAUAAAUUUUAUAUAC